GCAUUCACCUCCCUCCACUUCUCCUUCUUCUACUUCUUCUCCAUCUUAUCUUCUUCUUCUUCUUCUCUCCAUCUUCUUCUUCUUCUCUCCAUCUUCUUCUUCUUCUUCUUCUUCUUCUUCUUCCCCCCCAUCUUUUCUCCGUCCUCUUCUUUCUCAUCUCCAUCUUCUCUCCACCACCCACCUCCGGUGCGACGACCAUGGCGGGCAAUCGAGUGCCAUUCGAGCCUGAGACCGGUGCAGAUAGAGAAAGGACGCUCAGCCAAUCGGAGCUGUGGAAAUGGGCRGACAGAKGCCAGAAGGUGACGACRGGGACAUCAYACAGCUCGUGGAGGUUGCGUUGCAGGCUCUGCAACAAGGAGUUCGUCGGCACGCUGUCCAAAGUCGUGAAACACCACACACAACCGUCGGUCACUGCCCGCUGUCCGCKUACCACCGGUGAAAUUCUUGCUGUCAUUCGCAGCGACCACCCGAAAGUGGCAUUGCUCCCUGCGUYGCUGSCGAAAUUGAACGACUACUACAAGGAACAGGGUYGYCCGCCGGUUGUUGUGGAUGCGCAGGAUCUUGCUCCCGUUGAUGUGGCUUGUGCGUCGGGGGAGGUCGGUACGUCGUCGACUGCGGCAGACGGAGGGCGGGACACGGGUUCGACGGGGCGCUCGGGGUUCCAGGGGGCCGACAUCCCGGAAGAGAUCGCUGAGCACCUGCGGGGUCCUGUUUUGGCUGCAGCUCGCCCACCACGACCUCCAUCGAGUGCACAGCAGUCGUCCAUGAAGAAUUUCGUAGUGGAUGAGCUGCAGAGGGAGUUCGACCAGGCGGUUGCUUCCUUCUUCUUUGAGAAUGCCAUCGCCUUCAACGCCGCGCGCUCGGACUCGUAUAAGAACAUGGAAAGGAUCAUGAACUCGGCGGCGAGAUCGAGGAAGAUGCUGCGGAUGCCUGUAUACAAUCACCUGAGGACGAAGGCUUCGCUGUCCGAAUACAAAGACGUGGACAAGGAUCUUGACAAGAUCCGCGAGCCAUGGGAUGUCACUGGCCUGACCUUGAUGACGGACGGCACGACAACGACCAGCAACAGGCCGGUCAUUAACUUCAUCGCAGCCGGCGAUUCGGGGGCUGUUAUGGUGCGUAGUGUGGACAUGGAGGGGAAGGACAAGUCGGCUCCCGCUUUGGCAAGGAUGUGGGUGGAGGUGAUACGAGAGUUGGGGGUGCACAGGGUGUACGAGAUCUGCACGGACUCGGCACAGGUCAACAUUUCUGCGAAGAAGAUAUUGGAAAACCAUGACGACCCUGCGAUCAGGAGCAUUCCAUGGGUGCCGUGCGCAUGCCACGUGUGCAACCUUCUCAUGUGUGACAUUGCUUCGGUGCCAUGGAUCGGAGAGGUGAUUCUUCAAGGCAGGGAGAUCACAACCUUCGUCAAGAGACACCAGCGGGCGUUGGCAAUGUUCCGUAAGAGCGGGAGAGAGUACAGGACCCAGUUGGGCAUCAAAGAUGGGAGGCCUUUGGAGUUGAUUCAGCUAGGAGAGACUAGAUUCGGCACAAACUUCCUCAUGUUGCAGCGACUUCGAGAGUGUGAGCCGGGCUCGAAGGAGUACAAAGAGUGCUGGAUCUCCCUCAAGAGUUUUCAYCACAUGGCUCCAGACUGGAUUGGCCCCAACUUCGAGGAGGCUUUGACGGGCGGUCACGUGAACAUGGCGCAAUGGUGGUUGACGUACGGGAAAAGGCACCCAACCCUGACGAAGAUCGCCGUCAAAGUGUUGAGCAUGUGGACCACUGCCUCUCCAUGUGAGAGGAAUUGGUCCACGUUCGAUCUUGUCCACACCAAGAGGAGGAAUCUCUUGAGCCCGGAGAACUUGGAGAUGUUGGUCUUCAUCCACUGGAWCAGGAAGUUAUURCGCAUGYCGAAGGCGAAGACRGGGUUUGUGAACACCGAGCGGCUGGAGYGGGAGACACCYGAGGACGAGGCACCAUUCGRUGGCUYCAUGCGAGAAGGGGAGUACGACCCCGCGGRGGUGCKUAGGAGGGCGGCCAACUGGUCGAAAUCUCGUGGGCGCAGAUCGAGAACCACGCGAUUCGACGWGCGGGAGAUUCMGGAGGAGAGGGAUGACGACGGGGCAUGGCUACUUGAUGUUUCGUACCGCCCUCGCAGAGUCGCGGACGUUGAGCGUGGGAAGGCUGUCGUGGAUGAUUACGACGAGGAGGACGAAGGCGGCGACAGCGACGGCCACGUAGAGUUGCUCGACGUGCCUCUAACGGACAAGCGGUUCACUCGGCGGUSGGGCGUUGGGUCAUCCUCCGCGACGGAUGUCGCCAUCACACCACAAGACGAGGCACGGGUUGGCCCUGCGUCCGACGGGGCUUCAGGGUCUUCUUCUAUGUCAUUGGCCGACGACACCGGUCGCCUUGCACGGCCACGCACCUUCGCGUUCGGUGCUGUGUCAUCGGUUCAGGGCACCAGCACACCCGCCGACGCGCAGCACACCCCUCUCCCACGAGCCGCGGUGGAGGAGACGGCCACACGCCGGGGGAUGACAGGCGGGGGAUCGAGGGAUGCUGAUGUUGGCAGCGCAGCGGCGAGGGUCGUUCAAGACUUUGGUGUGUAUGUGGACGUUCCCGUUCUCGGUCAUGCGGAACACGAGGACAAGCUUCAUGAAGCAGCGAAGGACAGUCAGUCUGCCGGCGACAAUGCUUUCUCCACUCCAGACCCUGGAUUGCCGCUGGGGGAGAGUUUCRCCUCCCUGUUGCACCACGUCGCACCAAUUGCUGCAAGAGGCUCGAAGACGGACUUCGAGAAGCAUCUGGCUGCCAUGUCCCCAUGAGGAGUGAUUCCGGGGGGCAGACUCCUGAUUGGGCCAGAUUCACAUGACCGACUCCUCCCGCUAUGCUGUUGAGCGAGGACAUCCGCACGGACGCCGGGGACGGGUCGCGGGGCAUGGUGGACAGGACACCGGCCGAAGUGGACGAGGAUGGAGGACUCGACCGCCCGCAUGUUGCAGCCACACAACAUGAGGCGGAGUCAUCGCCCGAAAUUGACGCCAGCAAAGUGCGU